GACGUUUAUCGGUCGCUUUCAACGUUGCCUCACGUGCCCGUGAGCACUGGUGGGUUCGUUCCGUUGGCAACAAUCAUCCCAUGUUUGUUCCUGUGCCAGUGAUACUGUUCACGCUCGCUUCGAGCCAGCCUCUCUGUGUUUCCUCCUCAGAUCUCCCCUUUGCAUGCUUCAAAUAUCGCUAACAUGGAUGACAUGGUCUGGUCAGAUCCUCCUCCACUCUGCCCUGUCAAGUUCAAGCCGCUGACUGCGAUCAGCUCGGCGAGUAGCGAUCUGAUGAAUACUGGAAUGGCGUCACCAACCGACACGAACUUGACGAUUGCACAUGACGAGGGCAACGCGUCACUUCUGCAGGGGAUCACGUUCCCCGAAAGCACGUGCGAGGAAGAGACCACAGACGGGGACGAAACCGACAUUAUGGACCUCACCCAGGGCCAGCUCGAAUCACACAGAUACUUCGCUGCAGUGUACAACACCUCCACCGCCGUCGAAUCACCGUCAACCAACUCGUCCACAACGGUGGUGUCCCGGUCUGUCCCAGCCAAAGAGACAACCUGGCUACGCGAUACAGUCGAGGCACAGAACAUCCGAAUCCACCAGCUGGAGAAGCAUAUUCACAAGCUCCAAGAGGAGAUCCGAUCCUUUGCCUACCUGAAGCAGGCCGUCGCCGGGUUAUAUGAGGAGCAGUACAAGCAGCGGCAGCAAGAACGCGACAAGCUGCGCGAGGCGAUUGACUUUUUCGAUGCCGAGAAAGCCAAGAUCAACGAGGAAAACGAGAACGAGGAGGUGAUGGAUGUUGAUAACGAAUGGAAGAGAUAUGCUCUCCGGGUCGCUCAGGGCAUGGCGGGGGCUACGGAACAUGAUAUGGACAAGGUGUAUCGGAAGAUCUGGCAUGCUAAGCUCAAGUGCAUGGCCAUGGGUAGAGAGGCAUGAAGGACGCUAUGAGACAGGGCAAGUGAGGGAGAGACG